CGGAACAUAUAGGUAUUCAGGUCUCAGUAACAGAAACACACGUAAUGCUUAAAGGUGUUUUAAACGAACAUAAUAAAAACUUACGAGUGUUGGAUUUAUCCGGAGCAGAAGAAAGCUAUUUGGAGUACUAGCGCAGUCAAUAUUGACAAGAGACAAAAGAAGUCAACGCAUCGUGGUAUAUACAAGCGCGACUGCCAGUGUUUGAAGUAUACUCUCCAUGACGUGGACUGGUAAUAUGAGCAAGGACCUGACCUUGUGACUAAUCCCUGGGGUCAACGUCAAUAAAGAGUUCGCUGUAAAGAGAUAAUUGCCAGUGCGACUGUGAUGGAACAAUACAGGAGACGCAUUUUUAUUUCUCUAAAGCCAAGCACCCGCUUAUGACUAGCGUUAAAUAUAGGGAGAAUGUCGCUACAGACGGUGUUACCACAGGCAUAUUUCUUCUUGCUGGAGUUAAUAAUCAUACACGUGCUUCAAGAGGCUGCACUUGGCAUGUUCGCUAUUUCGAACCAAACCUGCUGUAACGGCGUACUUGGCUAUGCUGGGCCAGACAACCAGAUGCCGUGUGCAGAAAUGCGAUGUUGUAACUCGGACGAAAUCGUUGCCUUACAGAGAGUGAAUCACGCCUUUGGCUUCUGUUUUCGUUGUGUGCCAGAGACAUCCUCCAAUAGUAAUUGUUACAACGACAAUCAACUAGUCGCGACAACAAAUGAAAGCAAAAUAGAAUACGCCUUGAAAACUUGUUGUAAAGGACUCAAAUUUACAGUUCUCACAUAUUUCGAAGGCAUCGCUUUAACAAUAAAAUGUGUGAAGAGGUGAUGGUGAUUGAUAAACAUGUAGCGGACAGCAACACUUAUUGUCGCGUUGUGUGGAUAUAUACAUUAUGAUGUUUGUCUGGACUUACGGGGAGUUUAUCGCUUUCAGUUAUAAGUAACGCAUGGUAUAUAAAUGACGGGGACAAUUUAUACCUUUCGAAUCCAAAGGAAAAAAUAAACACCACGUAUCUUCUAAAAAUGUAUCGAUAUAACAGUGUCUCCGGAUUACUGAAAUUAAAGCGAUUGGAAUUCAGAAGUAUAAACAAAUUCAUUUAAUCCAGUUCCCUGGCAUAAAGCUCUGGUUUUUUUAUAACCGAUUCAAUCAAUAUAUAUGUGACAAAAAUGACUCACGUAUAACCACAUUCAACUGCAAAGUGCUUGGAAAUAUUUGGUACAGAUUAAUAAGUCAGUGAAUGUGUGCAUGUUCACUUAUUACAAAUGAUUACAUAGUUUUGAAAUUGUUUGUGCUGUUAUAAACAGUUCAUACAAAGUGUUUACUGUGACGAAUGAACUUUCUCUUAUAAUGUUACCGCAACAGACUUCAUCGACAUAACAAAGCAUAGUCGUGCUAUAAUGUCAGCUUGUAUGCACAUGGUGGGAAACAUGUGUCGCCCGAUAAGCGUAUCGUUUAAAGUAUCAACCGACGAAGUGGGAUAGCAGCAACUCGAAAUUUACCUGCAGAAAUACGUUCUAUUAUUUCUUAUCAUGUACAAUUUUAAAACCUAUUUAAGGACGGUUUCCUCUGUCCUUUCACACAAUACGAGUGGAUCAAGAAACAAACAGAUUACUUACCGUGGAAUGGUUACUAUUACAAAUCACUGAGUUCAAUAAACAACUCCAUGGGAGUUAGAAAGCGGAAACAUAGCAUCGUAAAUUGUACCAAUUUAUUUCAUAAUGAAUACAUGUCGAAUGAACUUAUUAAAUUAUGUUAUUCGUAAGCUCUUUCAGUUUUGUUUCGUUGAAAUGGUCAUUAUUUGCAGCAGUCAGAUUUUGUUUUCAUAUUAAGGUGUGUUUUUUUUAUCAAAUAAGCAAUUUGUCGGAGAGUUAUAUUCUUUGUUGUUCUGGGUCAUCUCUCUUAAUAUAACAUUGAUCUCUGCAUCAAACACUGAAAGAUGUUUACGAAGCUUUGUUUUGUGAAGGCUAUUAUCUGAACAAACUGCUAAUUGCAACAGUUUCUACAGCAUUCAAGUAUCGUAUAGAUACCAGACGUUGAGCGGGCUUAAUGCAUCAAACAUGUAUCACAACAGAAGAAAGGCCCUUUGAAUUCGAUCUUGACGAAAUAUUCGUUCUACAUCUAUUAGUCUGCCAUGGCUAAAAGGCGAUGUCAAUCGGUGUUGAGUUGCCCUUCAACAAUUGUUCAACAAAGUGUUUCCCGAAACCAUGUCUGAAGAAAAUGAUUGACUACGCAACACUUGGAAUAAUGGACUAGGGGAGUAGUGUCACGUUAUUAUACAAUAAUUUUUUUCUUGUUUUAAAUGUAGAAAUAUUAGAAGACAUUUGUUUACAGCAAAGUAAUGCUCUGCGCAUGAAUUGGCUAAAAGAAGUCGGUAUACGGCCGUCAGAAUGAUGGAUUUUUUUAUUAAUUUCUUUAUUAAUAGUACGAACUAUUUUUGAAAAUCGAUUUAUGAAUUUUCAAAAAAUGUGAUUCCAUAGAAAUAAAUUAUGCAUUAUAGACAAUACAACAGUUGUCAA